AUGUGGGGCUCGGAGCACAUACGGCCGGUGUAUGCCGUAUGCCGUCUGUCGUACGCGCACGCCGCCGACGCAGACGUGCGUAGCCAACUCCGUGAGUUCCGCGGGGGUACCGCAUCCCCGGAUCGAGUCGUACGCGAUCGUACGCCUGGCGAGCUGAUCGUCGCUCGGACAAGGCUGAUCCCAACAAUCCCAGCUAUGUCAACGCCGAUCGUACCUUCAGGAGCAGGCAGAAUAGACAGAGCAGGGGAUCUCGCUAGGACCGGACUUGGUCUCGGAGACCAGGUUAUCGGAGCACCUGAGCCCUCCCACGACCCCGGCUUGAGCUUCUCUCGAGCCCUACUCGAGCCCGACUUGGGACUUGGCACAGAGUUUCAGCAUAGGUUCUGCCCGCUUGUGGUGCCCGAGAUACAGAAGGUGCCCGAAGAAGUGUGCGUGACGCCUCGCUUGUCAGCUGGUCCGGAGUGA